AUGGACGUGGAAAGGGGGUUUCAAAGUCUUGAAGCUGUUAGAAAACACAUGAUUGAUAAAGGUCAUACUAUGAUAAUUUAUGAUCAAGAAGAUGAUAUUAUGGAAAUAUCUGAUUAUUAUGAUUUUAGAUCUAGCUAUUCUGAU